CCUUUUUUUCACCGCAACACAUCCGGAAGAAAUUUGAAGACGGACCACUUCCGGUCCGACUGUCAACACAGGAGCAUCAACACGUGUUUUCAGACAGAUACAAUGCCGAAGCCUAAUAAAGGAAAUGGAAAGCCUCCGGAGAAGGUUUGUCACCCGUACAGCCGGAAAGCUGCUUACCUGGCCGGAGAAGAAAUCAGACUGAAAAAGAAGAAUAGAUCGAAUAAAGACAAAGCCACACGUCUGAGCGGCAUAGGUGAGAAGCUGAUGUGGUUUCAGGAGAAUUUGGAUACAGAAAAGACGGCGUUCACCAAAAAAGAUGCCUGUUACAUUGUUGAGAGGUACCUCCAGAGGUUUGAACCUGAACUGGAGCAAAUUGAGCUUGUGAACGGCAUCAAAGGUCGGCAGGGUCGUCUCCAUGGCGCCAGGGAAGCUGUCGUCAAACAAACCAUGGAGCGAGAGCAGGAGCAGUACAAGAACGUUGGGUUCGAGAUCCCAGACAUCAUAAAUGCUAAGAACCUUAAAACAUUCAGGGAGUGGACUGGUGACGUGAAGAAACUUCCAAAUAUCAAACUGCGAAAGGUGUUCAAAAAAGACUUGGAGACAAAGAAUGAAGAAGAUGAUAAACCUGAAGACGCAGAUGAUGAUAAUGAGGGUGAUGAAGAUGAUUUGGAUGAUGACCAGCUAGAUGAGGAUGUGCUGAUGUCGGACUUACUCUGAACAUUUUGGUAAUGGACUGUAGCUCAAAUCUUAGGUCGUCCUUACGGGAUAACUGACUGCAGGGCUGAACAUCAGACGGCUGCUGCUCCACCACUGCACUGGUGGUGCCAGACUUAAAAAUGGAAAACUAAUCUUGUAUCACUUCUUCAAUGCUCAGUAACUCCACAGCAGCCUGUGAGGGGUUCUACAUUCAUUGUUUAUUGCACAAACACAUAUGAGUUGUAUGCAACCUGAAUACUGCCAUCUUAUCCAAUCAGAGAUAGAAAAAAGGUUUUGACAAAGAUGUUGAGUGCUCUUUAUGUUGUGGUAGCUAUAAGACAGAGAACAUGUUAUUUUCUGUGACCUGACAGAUUAAAAAACAAAUUAAACCUGUAGGUGUGAACAACA